GCGGCGGCGGCGGCGGCGGCCGGGCCUAGUCGAGGCUCUCGGUCCGGUAGCGGCGAGCGCCCGGGAGCGGCCGGCGGGGCGCGAGGUUCCCGGGCCGAACCCCAUGUCCAGCGAUGGAUGAGGACAGCCUGGAUGAGCUUGUGGAGCACAGCCUGGGGCCAGACGCCCACCUGGGACUCGGCGCUGCCACCGUGGCCAGUGAUGCUGAAGAAAGCAGUGACGGUGCCAGUGGGGGCUCUGAGGACACGGGCAGCGAGCUCAGCGACAGCACCGAUGGCGAGGAGGAGGGGGACCCGGAGGAUGGAGCUGGUUCCGAAGGCUCCGAAGACGAUGACAGUGACGACGACGACGACGUGGAAGCACUGGUGGCAGCAGAUCCGCAGGGGAAGCUGCAGGCCAAUGGCGUGUGCGAUUCUGACGACGAAGCGGAGAGCUGCCCCAUUUGUCUCAACACUUUCAGGGACCAGGCCGUGGGGACACCGGAGAGCUGCGCCCAUUACUUCUGCCUGGACUGCAUCCUGGAGUGGGCCAAGAACGCCAACUCCUGCCCAGUCGAUCGGACGCUCUUCAAGUGCAUUUGUAUUCGAGCCCAGUUCGGUGGGAAAGUCCUGAAGAAGGUGCCCGUGGAGAGUGCCAGGGCCGGAGAGGAGGAGGAGGACCCCACCUUCUGUGAGGUGUGCGGCCGCAGCGACCGGGAGGACCGCCUGCUGCUCUGCGACGGCUGCGAUGCCGGGUACCACAUGGAGUGUUUGGACCCCCCUCUCCAGGAGGUGCCCGUGGACGAGUGGUUCUGUCCGGGAUGUGCCAGCCCCGGAGCUGCCGCCCUUCCUGCAGAUGCGGAUCCCGUGACUGAGGAGGAGGUCUCUCUGCUCUUGGUCGACGUGGUGCCCACCGCCAGCCGGCUGCGGCCUCGUGAGGGGCGGACUCGGGCCAUCGCCAGGACGCGGCAGAGUGAGCGUGUCCGAGCCACUGUGAACCGGAACCGCAUGUCCACUGCCCGGAGCAUCCAGCACGUCCCGAGGUACCUGGUGUCUUCUCUGCUUGACGAGACCAUCGAAGCCGUUGCCUCUGGUCUGAGCACAGCCGUGUACCAGCGCCCCACGACGCCGCGGGCCCCCGCCAAGCGGAGGAGGAAAGCAAGACGACGGCGGAAAGCGCUGGGGAGGAAGAAGGCCCGGCCCGGCCCGGCCGUGAGGAGCAGGAGCUCGGGGACAAGGCCCGCGAGACGCCAGGGCCGCGGGAAGAAGAGGAAAGGACGGAAGCUGAAGGCUGCUCAGAGCGAAGUCACAGCUCGUGGGCGCAUCGCGCGGACGCUGGGCCUCCGGAGGCCGACCCACGGGGCCUGCAUCCCGUCCGUGUUCCGGCCUGCGGACCCCUCCCUGGGGCUGAUGCGUGCGGACAUCGGGGCUGCCUCUCUCUCUGUCUUUGGAGACCCCUAUGAGCUGGACCCUUUCGACAGCAGUGAAGAGCCGCCUGCCAGCCCUGCUUCCCCUCUGAGCGCCAAGAGGAGGGUCCUGUCCCGCUCAGCCCUGCGGUCUCACCAGCCCGUGGCCAGGCCCGUCUCCAUGGGGCUCUCCAGGAGGAGCAUUCCUGCCGCGGCGCCCGAGCCGGACGUGGACGAGGCCCCCGUCCCCGACCUGCUGGGGAGCAUCCUGUCGGGCCAGAGCCUCCUCAUGAUGGACAGCGCGGACAUCACCAUCCACCGCGACGGCUCGCUCAGCGCCAAGCGGGCAGCACCUGUUUCUUUUCAGCGAAACUCAGUCGGUCUGUCCCGAGGGGGAGAAGGCCCUGGGCCCCGGGACGGCCCCCAGCCCCCAGCACCGAGCUCAGGGUGCCUGGGAAGCCUGGGGUCGCGCAGUCAAGGCAGGUCCACCCCCUCCCACGUCCCUGCGCUCACGUCGGGGGUUCCGGCAAGACUGGACUCCUCAGCGGCCCCUCGGCCAGACCAGGCCCAGAGUUCGUCGAAUGUGAGCAGUCCUGGCUUCAAGCGGCGGGAGGGCCCACACGUUAGAGGCGACAGUGAGCACGCCGGGCCUCUGGGACUCACACCUAAGAUCUCAGGCGGCAGCCCUGACUUGCCAGCCAGGAGUGCAGGGCCGGGCCAGGCCCCAAGGCCAGCGCCGCGGAGAGCGGACGUCUCCCAGCUCCCCAGGGCACCAAAGAUGAGAAGGGACGGCGGCAGCGGGUGGGCGGACACAGCCCCCGUCCCCGCCCCCGCCCCUGCCGGCGGGCAGCGAGUGGAGAUCCCCAGCUCCUGCAUCAGCCGGCUGACAGGCAGGGAGGGCCCGGGGCAGCCUGGCCUCGGGGCCCGGGCGGAGGGCUCACCCCGCGGCCGGGGCCCCCAGGAGCCCAGCGUGCACUCAGGGGGCGGCGCUCAGACUCCUGCCCCGCUGGGACCCUCGAGGGGGAAGGGCGGCAGUUCGACCUUCGAGAGCUUCCGGAUCAAUAUUCCUGGGAACGCGGCGCAUUCCAGCAGAUUCUCCAGCCCCGGCUUCUGCCACACGUUCCAGCCCGUGGACAGUAAGGUGCCGAGGAAAGAGAACCCCGCCCCCCUUUUCUCCCUCAGGAAGACGAAGCAGCUCAAGAGCGAGAUCUACGACCCGUUCAACCCCACGGGCUCGGACUCCAGCUCUGCGGGCAGCAGCCCCGAGCGCCUGGGCCCCGGCCUGCUGCCCUCGGAGAUCACCCGCACCAUCUCCGUCGGCAGCCCCAAGGCCCCGCCCUCGCAGACCGUGCGCUGCGUCACCUCCUACACGGUGAAGGCGGUCUUUGGGACGGAGCCCGAGUCCCCUCAGGGCCCUUCGUCCAGCCUGCUCCAGCUCCGGGGCGAGGAGCCCGCCGGGGGCCUGGACUCAGCCCCCCGGGUGCGAAGGCCAUCCCCACGGGAGCCCUGGGAGGACGAGGACCGGCCGCCCCGCAGCACCUUCUUCGGAUCUGAGGAGCGGAUGGUGACCUGCGUGACUGUGGUGGAACCGGACACCCCGCCGACCACCACCCACAGAAUCGUGGAGCUGCGGUCCCCAUCCCGCUCCCGCUCCCGCUCCACGUCCAGCUCCCGCGGCAGAGAGAGAGACCAGAAGCCGGCCUCCGCCCCGGAGCACAGGCACACCCGCUCCCGCUCCGGGGACGGGAGCUCCAGGUCGUCGUCGCCUCUGGUGGGUGAGGACCAGGCCAAGAGGCCGCUGGCCAAGGCCAGGGCUCGGAGGUCUUCCAGUGACCGCUCCAGCAGCCACGAGCAGGCCAAGCGGAAGAAGGCCAAGGACAAGAGCAGGGAGAGGAGGAGGGACUCGCGGGGCCGCGGCCGGCGGAGGUCCCGCUCCCGCUCCCGCUCAGGCAGCCCUGGAAGCUCCUCGCACGAGCACCGCGAGAGCAGGAGGAGGAAGAAGAGGCGGUCGGGGUCCAGGUCUCACGGGAGGGGGUGCUCUCCCCCCAGCAGCCUGGAGAGGGCCCGGAGGCCCCGCCGUCCUAGUGAGAGGAGCCGCGAGUGGCCCCGAGACAGGCGGGGCUCCCGUGAGAGGAGGCGGCACAAGUCCAGGUCGCCCAGCCCGGAGCACAGGGCCCGCGAGCCCCGGAGGCCUCGUUCCCGUGAGAAGCGGUCUCGGCCUCGCUCCCGCUCCCGCUCCCCGGAGAGGAAGUUGCCAGUGAAGGAGGCUUCCCCAGCGCCCCCUCCCCAGGAGGAGCCGAGGCCGGGCAGGCAGAACGCGGCGGGGCUGCAGGCCGCAGCAGGAACUAAAGCGUGGCCAGACGGGGCUGAGGCCGACCAGGCCCCCCCGACGGCUCCCCCUGCCCCAGAGGUGCCGGCUGAAGGUGCCCCCGAGGACCUGGACUACGUGGACUCCGUCGAGGCGGGGCACGUCUUUGACGACUUUGCCAGUGAAGGCAUCUUCACGCAGCUCGACGACAUGAGCUCCCCGCCCUCCCCAGAGAGCACGGACUCGUCCUCGCCUGAGCGCAGGGUCCCACCCCCCCCCACUGCACCCCCGGCCCGCCCGCAGCAGGACCACAGCCUGGCUGCCAUCAGGAGGGAGGUGUCGCUGAUCCACAGUGAGGACGCCGAGCAGCCCCUGCCCUGGACCACGGGUCCCCAAGAGAAGGCCUCGUUCCAGCAAGACCAGGCCAUGGCCGCGGUGCCAGGUGCCCUGGGAGGCCCGGCCGGGGGUGGGGCGCUGCUGGGGAAGGAGGAAGCCCCCUGCCCGACCUCCGUGCUUCGGACUAAAGCCCCAGUGAAGAGAGUCACCUGGAACCUGCAGGAGGCGGCCGGCGGCGCUCCGGCUGAGGACAGGGGCCUGCGGACCCCACUUCACAGGCCCUGUCAGCCCCAGGAAGAGGCUUGGGAACCCGGAGACGGGGCCCUUGUGGUGGACUCCCAGCAGGCACCCUGCCCCGAGCCCCCUCCUGCUUACACGCUUCCAGAGCCUGGCUUUCCCACUGCGGACCCUGCUCAGGUUUAUGGCCCCAGCCUGCCUCCCGCCCUGGCUCUGCCCUCAAGCGUCCCGCCCUACGCACCGGUCAGCCAGCCCACGGUGCAGUUCAUCCUGCAGGGGAGCCUCCCGCUGGCGGGCUGCGGGGCGGCACCCAGCCUGGCCCCAGUGCCCACCGUGCUGACCACAGCCUCCGAGCCAGCUGGCCACGCCGCCGCCACCAACAACUCCGAGGAGAGGACAGCCACUCCGCGGCCAGCCACAGAGAAAGCCAAAAACGAGGAGUACCUGAAGAAGCUGCACAUGCAGGAGCGGGCGGUGGAGGAGGUGAAGCUGGCCAUCAAGCCCUUCUACCAGAAGCGCGAGGUGACGAAGGAGGAGUACAAGGACAUCCUCCGCAAGGCCGUGCAGAAGAUCUGCCACAGCAAGAGCGGGGAGAUCAACCCUGUGAAGGUGGGCAACCUGGUGAAGGCCUACGUGGACAAGUACAGGCACAUGCGCAGGCACCGCAGGCCGGAGGCCGGGGAGGAGCCCGCUGCCGAGGGCUGAGGCGCGCCUGGGCCCCGCGUGCUGCUGGGAGUGGCGGCAGCAGAAAGCUCUGGGACCCCAGCACUGUGUCCAGGUUCUGAGAUCACUUGUGGUCUGUGCCGCCCUGUGCAGUUUAAACUGGACGUUACGUGUACAUUGUAGAUACACCUUCAUUGUGUUCUAAUUUAUCAGAAAUGGAUUCUCUUUAGAAACCUC